AUGACGACAACACCGUCAUUGCUAACAGCUGAAGAGGUCGCUGCCCCUGCUGCAAGUGGCGUACCAGAAGAGGCAGCGCGCGUACUUGCACAGCUCGCGCGGCAUCAGCAUGUGCGCGGAUGCAUAGCCCUGACUGCGUCAGAUUUGCGUGUUAUUUGGAGUGGCGGUGUCGUUUUUGCCUCCAAAGAAAAGCUCGCACAGAUUGUUCACUUCGUUCGUGAUACGCUUAAUGUCACUCGGCGGCAUUAUGUUUAUAUUCAAGUCCACCAUGAAGAAUUAUGCUCACAAUCAGGCGAAACAUACGUACUUGUAGUACUGCAGGAUCCAAAUACCACUUAA